CCGUUGUGGUGAAGAAGCCGAGGAUGUUCAAACGAUACGCCACCGUGACUACUAUCACCUGGACACGAAGACCAUUGUUACCAUUAAUCACGCGUCCCAGAUCGCUGGUGUUCCGGUGUUGAAGUCACCGCCGUGGAACCACACCAUCACCGGCCAUCCUUCGUCCGGUUUAUUUCCUACAUGUAUUUCAAAUUAUUGUUGUACAUUUAUGUUGUAAUAUACUUCGGUUUUUAAAAGGUUUCGCCAGACGGUUUCGACAAAUUAACGAGCUAAGCGAGACUUGGCGAAUUCCUGAGAUCGUGAGGAAGACGUGCGUGCUCGCAGUGCCAGAGCAGCGAACGCCGGAAAAAGAACCAACAAGAAGCUGUGUUCCAGGCAACGGCGAUGGCGGUACACCAUGAAGGGUUAAAAAUACACACGAUAUUCGAUGGUCCUAAUUCAAUGGGCAGCCGGCGUAUGGCGAUUUACAUGUACACCCGCGAGCACCGUACACAUCCCCACUAAAAAUGGCGUCAAGAGCAAGCACUCACUCGUCCAUUUGAAUGAAAGGUUGCAUUGCAGCAGAGUGUACGUUUCUGGACGAAGGCGAGGACAGUCGGUGCAUUGAGGGACUCGCAGCCGAGCAAAGCAGAGGAACGCGAGUAGAGAGCACAGCACAGCGUUGUUGGUCGGUGGCGGCUGUUUGCCGAUUCGUUGAGUUGCCGGCACGUUCGGUCGGGUCGAAGGCUCCCGCUCUCAGUCCGUCUUGCGACCGCGUGCCAAGGGGAUGUCGUUCUCUUCCUUCCGUGAUUAAAAUCGUGUGUCGGCCGUUUCACGGUUCGUUCUCCGCGUUACGAGACGAAUGUCGUUGUUGUGUGACGUGUGUUCGACAUCAAAGGAUCCCGUGUUUUUCCGGAAUCAGUGACAACCAACGAGGAGAGGACGUCCCUGUCGUGUUUGAAGUAUUUGAUGCAACGAGAUGGGUAGCGAGGCAGACGCGGAGGCCACGGCUGCCAACGCCGUCGAUUCGGAUGGAUCUGUUAGCUGGGAAGACUUCUUCGGAACCAGCACAGACCUGGUGCCCCAGCUGCUGGGCAUGUUCGACGAGCUAGCCCGUCGCGGCAAUGGCUAUACCGAUCACGUAGUCCUUCCCUCGACCUGCAAUAUCCCAGCGGUGCUGCAGAAGCGACUGAGCCUGGUAUCCCAUCGUGGCUCCAUAUUCGGCCAGUUCUGUCCCGAGUUAGCGAAAUCACAGCAGGACACGAUGAACGAGCAAUCGUUGCCGGAGAAUAACGUGGAUGUGGUCGUGGAAGAGGACGUCGUCGAGAAGGAGAACGUCUUCGAGAGUCAGAAGGAGGAUCGAAACGAGAGGAUAGAGGAGAAACCCUAUCGACGAGAGAGCAACGGACUCACGCCACUUAGGUACGACAGACGAUGCAGGAGACCGUUGUCCGGGAGUUCAGUAGCGUCUAGCACCUCCUCCAGCGGGUGCAGUAACCAGGGGAACGCUUGCACCAUCAAUCCUUAUUUGGCGUCGGUCGAGUCCCUGGCAGACACUUGUGCCAGCUCUCAAGGUUCUGGAGACAGCGGAGUGGUCACAGUGUCAGAAACCAAUUGUCGAAUAGGAAAUGAUGACACAGGGCAAAGAAGAAACAGUGCAGAGGAAGGUCCACCAUGUCACAAACCACGUUACUGUGAUCCUCAUAGAAAUCCCAUGGAAAGGGUACUUCUAGAGAUAGUUGACACUGAGGCAAUAUAUGUGGAACAUCUGCGACAAGUAAUUCAGGGUUACCUUAUAUAUUGGAGAAACGAUCCGGCAUCGUUUGUGCAUCAAAUGCAGCUGAGUGACUUAUUUAGUAAUAUUGAGGACAUAUUUGAAUUCAAUAGAGAGUUCCUGAAGGAAAUAGAAAAGUGUGGUUUGGAUCCUGUUUGCGUGGCAAACACAUUUAUAAAGCAUAACUCAGGGUUCAAAGUGUACACAGAAUACUGUACCAAUUACCCAAGGACAGUUUCUGUCUUGACUGACUUAAUGGGCCAAGAAGGGACUGCGAACGCGUUUCGAGAAAGACAAGCGGCACUAGGACACGCGUUACCUCUUGGUUCGUUUCUUCUUAAACCUGUUCAAAGGAUUCUUAAAUACCAUUUACUUCUGCAGAACUUGUCGAAGGAGUACGGCGCAGACUGCGACUUAGGAGAAAACGAGGCUGAAGGAAGAAAAGCGAUCGAAGCAGCGCUUGCAGCGAUGACCGGCAUCGCAAGGCAUAUUAACGCAAUGAAACGAAGACACGAGCAUGCUGUGCGUGUUCAAGAGAUUCAGUCGCUUCUGUACGGCUGGUCUGGUCCAGAUUUAACCACGAGUGGAGAACUAGUGGCGGAAGGACGAUUCAGAAUGCGAGGAGCAAAGGCUCCUAGACACGCCUUCUUGUUUGACCGUAUGCUCCUGCUCACCAAGAAAAAGGAGGAUGGACUUCUAGUCUACAAAGCUCAUAUCAUGUGUUCAAAUUUGAUGCUUAUCGAGAGCAUACCUGGAGAGCCCCUUAGCUUUCACGUGAUUCCGUUUGAUAAUCCUCGACUCCAAUAUACGUUGCAGGCACGAAAUCUGGAGCAAAAAAGGGAAUGGACGUUGCAGAUAAAAAGAGUGAUGCUUGAAAAUUAUAACGCGGAGAUACCCAUGCACGCGAGGCAGUUAGUUUUACAACUUGGUCAGACACAGCCAGAAGAUGAUGCUUUAGCGGAUAGGGGGUCAGCAAAGAAACAACAUUCGACACCACCAGAGUAUUUAGAGAAACGUAAACAGGAAAGAGAGAGACGACGGUCUGAAACUGGACUUAGGCAAAGAUUCAAAAAGAGUGGUAGAAAGUCUGAGACUACAACUGAGGACUCUCCAGCAUCGCCACGAAAAAAUCAGAACGAUGAUUCAAACCUGAACGAUUCUAGAGAGCAGGGUCUUAGGUCUUCAGAUGGACGCGGGUCAAAAGUCAAGGAUCGCUUUACUGGUUGGAGACGAAAAUCAGAACCAGGUUUCCAGUCGUACGUGUGUCUCAAUCAAUCUGACGAGGAGCAAAAGGAAGAUACGGGGGAUACGGGGUCAGCUACGGUCGAAACUGAGUGCGCGAUCAUUGAGAACGAUAAGCAUACGAAUUCUCCACCAUCAGAAACCAAAGAGAACAAUGAACAACAGGCUCAAGCACAGACGGUCGAGGAAAUAGUUGGCCGCAUCCUCAUGCAGAACCAAGAAUUCCAGAAGCUUCUCGAGAAACAGCGAACGAACAGUAUACUCAACGUCAGGCAGCAACAACGUUUCAAUAAACGUAUCUCUGCCGACACAUCCGAUGACAGCGAUUCUGAAAACACGAUUUAUAACACUGAUAAUUCAGUCAACAACAGAGUAUCGCGUACGCGUGCGGGCCACCGCGAACGACUUGUCAAAACGAAUAACACUUUGAAUUCCUUAUCCUCUCCCCGGGAUCACCAGCCAGCCUUGCAGUUGCUUUAUGAUAAUUUGAACAAGACUGAGAAUAAUAAAUCAGUCGAGACUAACUCGAAAAACAAGGUAAAUCAUGUGCAAGAGAAGAAGGCGUUGUUCGACGCGUUCAAGAGGCAAAGUAUCGUGACUGAAAGCAAGAUCAUCAAAACUGCGCUGAGGAUAAGGGAGAACUCAGCGACUAGGAACGAAGAACCUGCGAACCAAACGUCCGUACCUGAAACUGAAGUACAGGUAGCAGGCAGCGAUAAAGGACUGGUAAAUGGCGAGAAUAUGAACGAAGUCGCUCAAGAAGGCACAGGAUCCAGCAAAGGUUUUGGAAACUACGACAACUUGCAACACGUUUGGGAGGGUUUGCAGGAGGAAAAAGGCUUAGACGGGAACGACAGUCCAACUCGACCAGCGGUUUGGCUAACCAAACUCUGCGAAGGACUACCCACGUCUCCUCAAAAAUGUGGCUCCCUCCCACGCAGUUUUCAAAUUCAUCCCAACUCCAAUCAGAACGUAACGAAAUCACGGUUCUUGCAGAGAGACGGUAAACCAAUGAGCGAGAGACCUUUCACGAUAGCUUCAGACAAACCAGCAGAGAUCAACUUGGAAGACAUGGAGAGAUACGCUUCAACUUGCCAGCCAGAAGGAAGGAUCGCCAAAUUUCCUACGUCGGUAUCGACUUCCACUUCAACAUUCUUCUGUUCCUUGGAUGACACCUUGACGGAUGCGUACUCAGAAGUCCACGUGUCCUCAACAACCACCAACAUACACCCAGAUCACAAGAUUUACAGGCCAAACACCAGUGGUAGCACGAUUUUCAAGAACGUCCUUUCGAAGGCUGGGAACCGUCUUCAAGGCUUGAGGAACACCAUGAGCACAGAGACCUUGGAGUGCAGCGAGGAAUUAGAAAGGACCAAGUACUUCCGCUCUCUGAGUACAAGUAAGUUGAAGAAGAAGAGCAAGUUGAAGCAUUCGAGGGAGUCUUCAUCGGACGUGGAAGAGCUCGUAGGCUGCACAGCAAGAGGAUCUUCAGACCUAAGGAUCCCUUCGCUGUAUUACAAGCAAGGAAGUUCGAGUCUGGGUGCUCGUAUCGCUCAGUCUGAUUACGCCGAUCCUUCGAUACUGUUCUCCGAGAGCAAACGCCAACUUGCGAAUUCGUCUCAAGCAAAACAGGAGAAGAAGGAGGACGAAGAGAACGCGGAAAACAGGGAAAGCGAAACAGACAGUUUCUACGAGAAGUCAUUUGAGACUAUAGAAAAUUACGUGGACGCAGAUGUGGACGAGGCGUUCCGGGAUAGUGCAAUAUUUAGCGACAUCGAGGAGGUUCUGGUGACCAGGCCUCUCUCGGAGGAUACAUCGUUCAAAAGCAAAGUAGCUCCGCCAAUCCCCGCCAAAAAGAGAACAGAGUCGUUGAAUCCCUCAGGGUGUAACUCUUCAAAAUGCAAACCAACCGUUGCUCAAAAACCUGACUAUUUGAAAGUGAAGUCAGCGUUCUUGAAGGGACAAGAAUCGGACUGCAAAACUCCAGCGAGAUCCCCUUUGACCGAGGGAACAACGUAUCAGUGUUCUACAACCAUUUUGCAGAAUAGUUGUGCGCAGAAUAAUAGUGAAGAUAAGGAUGAUGUGUCAGCGGGACAGAGUCAAGCAGGUUGGGUGCGAAAGAUAGUGGGUCAAUUCCAGGGUCACGUCGAAACGUAAUUCAUACCAAUGAAAUUGUACAAAUAUUAAACUGGGUCUUGAAACGCAUGAAUUCUACGUUUGUCCGAAAUCAUGUUCUAAAUGCCUCAACGGGGUCAAGCAGUCAUUGUCCAGUUGUCCAAAGUUUUAUUUUCAAAUGAUCUCCAAAGCAAAAUCUUUGAGGUUAUAUUUUAUUAGUACAAUGGAACGGGGUAAACAGGAUACAUACAAAGGUUGAUCUAGAUCAGCGAUUAGAACUGACGGGUUUUAUUAUCUGAUCUAGGUGAAAUUCAGAUGCUGCACUGGAAAACAUGAUAUGUACAUAAUGAAGAACUUUCCAUGAAAGUAGAUAACAAUUUUUACAUUUGAUUCAUUUUCAUGUUUGCCAUUCUUUUCAUUCUACUACUAACAUUAAUCUUUGUACGAGAUUUUAAAGAACCAUGUACGCAUUACGUUUCCCUUUACAUUAUUUUGUGCCUUGUGUAAACUAUUGCCCACGCGACAUAUGAAGGUCUAGUAUUGAAACACGCGUAUGGUACAACAUUGAAACAAAUACUGCCAAGCGUUUUGUCAUAUCAUGUAAACUAGCGGUAAAUGGAAAGACGCUAUUAGCGAUUUCAAUUAACGUUCAUAUUUAAUCCGUGUCAUAUAUAAAUUUCAUGUUAAUAAUACAGGGUAAUUAGAGUCUUAUCUGUGAAAUAUUUGCGGUCUUACAUAUUUGAAUGAAAUGUAAACAUAUCUGUUGUGAAAAGAAAAAUGUUAAAAUUGUUAUGAGAGGUUAAUUUUAAAUCACCCUGUAUUGUUGCAAAGUUUUACCAAGAAAAUUUUCAUAUUUUAACAUUGUUAGUCAAACUAUGCAAAUAAACGCGCAUGUCGACUGAAUAUUCUAAGCGUCGAUGUACUUGCAUUAACUCGUUAGGAUUGAUUAUUUUAUGUUUUAAUAAUAAACAUGUCCGUUCACGUAGAUCAGAAGGGUCGAUCUUUAUUUUUUAUUUAUUUACAGAACCUAACGAGUUAUAUAUUUUUGUUUAAUUAUAUUAAACGAACGCGAUAUAUUUAAUGUUACUUAGACAAUAAUCACCUCAUGAUAGAAAAUGAGUGGCUGAUUUAUUUGCAAUUAUGCUAACACAGUUUCAUUGCAAUAAAUCAACUUAAUUAUUGUCAAUAUUCAUUUUUGUAAUUUCUUUCAUUCGAUAAAAAUGUUACAAACAAAUUGUUAUCUGUACCUUUUACACCAUGUAUUAUUAUGAAAUGUAUAGAAAGGAUCCAAGGGUACAUCCGGAGGGUUAAUAUCCAAAGGUAGAUCCAAAUAUUACUUCAGGUAGGUUUUUUAUUAAGAGAAAUGUCUAUUUACAAGAGGUUUUCAGCUAGUCGUGUUUACAGAUACAAGAGUAAAUGAUAUACAUUGUUCAUAAGUUAACUACGCAAUACUGUAUGUAUAUAAAA